CUUUGCUGAUGAGACCAUCACGUUGUAAGCACAAUUUUCGAAUGUUUGCGAAAUUUACACAAGAACGAGUUCUAUUAAAUUAAUUUUAAACAUACUGGCGUUUAUAAAAUUGUUUCUAUAUAAAAAAGUCACUUUCGUUUUUUGUGCAUUGAUGGUUUUUUGUACUGGCUGUGUACUUUCGCGCCAUCAGAGUAUUUUCUAUUGAAUUAUUAAAAACUGGUUUAAAAGUGCGUCAUGGACAAGAAUGCAGCAAUGGACAGACGUUUCAGUUUAAAUAUGACAAGUUUACCUAAUCCUAUUGCAGAAUCAACAUGUGUAAAUUUAAAUGGAACUACAAGUGGUGUGCUUGGAAGAAAUAGCGCUGCUAAUCAUUUUCGCUGGGGAGGUAGUCCUAUUAGUCCACAUAACCGUAGUAAUUCAAGCAGUUGCUUAAACAGUAGCAGUACGUUUUAUAAAAACAGAAGUACAGCUACCAGCCCACAGAGAACAAAAUUGAACCUUAGUAAAAUUGAUCCAAGGACAUAUGCAGAUGUACAAAGUCGUGGGUUGGUGUCACGUAUUAUACAAUAUCAUGAAAGUGGUUCCCGUCUGAACCGCAGUAAGUCGACCAGUAAUCUUUGCAGCAAAUCUGGUCAAUCUUCAAUGGUGCAACUUCAGAAAACUGAUUUACCUUACCGUGCAACACAGCAAAAUGUAACAAUGACACGGAUUGUCCCACCAAAAAAAUCCAUUUUUUAUGGUAAUACACUGUCGAGUUUACUGCGCUCGAAUUCCGUGAUUAGCAUUCACAAGAGCGAUGAGGAAAUAUCAAGCGAAAAUCGUCCCAUUUUGCAUCCGCCUCCAUCUGAGAAUGAGCUGGCGCCUACUCGAAGUGUUUUAGAUGUUUUGAAAGAGAUCUCACGCAAACGCAUAAACAGUGAUGAGUCUGAUGGAAUACAUGACGUAAAUAAAAAAUAUUGUAGCCGUGAGAGCAAUGAUACGUCAUACGAACAGUCAACUGUUCCCAUUGGAGUUCGUAACAUAGGGCUGCAUAACGUGAACACUCCAUCAAUUCAUGUUCCAUCACAAAGUUUUAAAAGACAGCGGGAGCAAAUAGUGAUUCCUUCACCACAUACCCAAAGCAUGAAUAGUGCUUGUGGAGCAACAUUUUCAAGUGCCCGCUUACCAUUACAAACGCAACAUUCGCCCGAACAAAUUGCAAAAAAACGAUUGUGUAGUUACAAUAACGAUAUAACAAGUUCACUCAGUUCAAGUCUCAUACAUGCAAACAAACGAAAAUUUUACGAACAACAGCGUUCAAACAUGCAACGGUCACCACCAUCUGGUACUGAAGAGUAUGAAACACAAAAAUCGAAGAUGCAUCGUCAACAAUCAGAUCUACGAUUCCAACAAUUAACGCAGAGUUUGAGUUGUAAUACACCUAUAACGCCUAUACCAACAACACCAUUAUCACAAAAUGUUAACUUAACGCAUAUUCAAAGUAAUAUAGAAAACGGACCUGAAAGAUUGGCGGAAAGCGGUGUUAUAGUUAAGCGUACAGUGUCAGAGCCUCCUUUGUUGCUUAAUAAUCAAAUGCAAAAACCAAAAGUAACGCUUUUUAAUCGUAACUACAGUGAAACGGCAAAACUGAGCAAAUCAGAUGAUAAUAGUGAAGAAAUAAUAGAUAAUACAGGUGUUGUGAAUGAGGACGAAUGCGCUGACAUACAAUUCGUGAAACCAAAAAAGAGUUCCUCAAUAAUAAACAAGAAAAAUCCAUUUAUUGAACGCACCCAAAAAUCGAAACUUGCUAUGAUGCUAAGUGGUUUACGUGGAGAAAUUUACCAGGGUAACGAGGGAUAUGAUGACGUAGAUAAAAUAUGCAAUAAGAAAUCUAGUAACACAAUAAAAGAGAGUAAUGUCCCUGCUAAAACAGAUGUAACCGUUGGAAAAGUGACUCCAUCAACAAAUUCAACUGCAACCACAAUCACCACUGAUACAACGGCUAAUUUCAGCAUGAAAACUUCAGAUAAACCUGUUAUAACAUCGACUACUGCAUUGGUUCCACCUGUGUCAGAUUCUGAUAAAAGUGGGAACAAAACUACUGUCACAUCUAGCAGUUCCAUGCCGACUGCAACAACAACGACUUCGAUACUUAGUGGUUUCAAAUUGACGCCGUCAGUAACAUCAACCAACACCACAACUUCAAUUACUACGUCACCAAUAAUAAGUACAACAAAUACCCCGACAAAGACGUCAUCUCCAUUGGUCGGUCUAAAAUUAACACCGCAAAAGCCUACACCUACUCUCGGUAGCGUUGCAGUCUCAUCCGCGCCUGCAUUCAAUUUAAAUGCCACAAUCACAACCACUGCAACAACAGUUUCAGCUACUGUACCCCAACUUCAAGGAUUUUCAUUCGGUACCUCAACUAACACUACUUCAACAACUGCGAGUUCUACGACUGCGAGUGCGGGCGGAUUUAAAUUUGGAUUAGCACCAAAGGCAGAAGCUUCGACGACGGUAACAACAGUGUCAGCUGUACCUGCUUUUGGCAGCUUUGGAAACUCUACGACACCAACAUCAAAGCCAGUUUCUUCAGAAGCAGCAAAACCGACAUUAACAUUUAAUACGAAUACUAUUAACACAACCGCAGCAGUUGUAAAGCCCGCAUUUAACUUUGGUGGCGGCAUUGCAGCAUCAGCACCAACCGCAAGCACGACAACUGCAACCGCUUUUAACACUGUGUCUUCUGGUACAUUUAACUUCGGCGGAGCAACUAAUCCAACAACAUCUGUUGACUCAACUGUAUCUACAGCCCAAACAUCAAGUGUUUUUGGUAGUAUUGCAAUGAGUAAUACAUUUAAAGGACCAACGGAAGCAGCCACAAAACCGUUCGCAUUUGGAACAACCACUAGCACUGCACCAAGCACCGCUUCGACCACAGCAACACCAGCUUUUUCCUUUGGUGGUGCUACGGUUUCACAGCCCACAGCAAUCACCGGACCUCCCACAGUAACCACAAAUAAUAUUUUCGGAUUUGGAGGACAAAAGUCAACUACUGCGACCACAUUACCCACUACUACAGGAACUACCUUCGCUUUUGGUGGUAACAAAACAGUGGCGACAACAACGUCUGCUACAACUCCAACAAACGCUGGUAAUGUCAACAAACCGGCUUUGAGCUUUGGACAGAGUGGUGUCAAAUCACUAAGCGGCCCAACCAACACAAAUUCUCCGAGCGGUAAUCUGUUUGCAUUUGGUGGUUCAUCAACGACAACCGAAAACAAAGUAUUCGGCAAUGUUGCUGCAGGCACCAACAAUUUACAAGCAACGGGCACCAACUCAAUCCAACCAGGUGCAUUUACUUUUGGUGCGGCUACUAACCAAGGGGCGACUUCAACAUUUGGUGCCGUUAGCAGCGCGGCAUCUGCGAAAUCUUCAUUCGGUGCAACUACAACAACAACAACAUCAACACCUUUCGCAUUUGGUGGUAGCACUGCCAAUAAGUCAACAUCUGUAACUUCCACAGGAGUUGGCAACAACGCCCCAGCUGGAGGAUUUAGUUUUGGAGCAUCCACUGGUGCUGCAAUCAACGCUAGCAAUACACCAUCUGCAAAUAUAUUCGGUGCAGCAACACCAGCGCCGACAGCCGCCGCCAGCAUUACGAAACCCGCAUUUAACUUCGGUAGUGCUACAACCACCAGCGAAGCCAGCAAAUCUAUAUUUGGCGGCAGUUCAACAAACACAAAUGCAAGCGUAGCCAGCAACAGCAAUACGUUUGGUGCGCUCGCAGGCGCCAAUAGCAAUUCAGCUAAUAAAACGUUUAACUUCGGCGGUGCAAAUACGGCCAGUAACAACAACGCUUCACCGAACCUAUUCGCCGCUGCCGGAAACAAAUCUGGUGCCGGGGGCUUUUCCUUCGGCACUAGUACAAUGGGCAAUAAACCAGCGGCUGCAACUAACGCCACACCGUUCGCAUUUGGUGGUGGAUCAACAAACGGCAAUGCAACCGCAAGCGCAGCACCGUUUAGUUUCGGCAACAGCACAGGAAGUGCACCAGCUAAUAAAACGUUUUCUUUUGCAAGCACGGGUAAUGCUCCAGCGGCGCCGACAGCUAACGCAAAUAGUAUUUUUGGUGGCGCACAACAAACAUCAGCGGCGACAUUUAGUUUCUCUGCUGGUACAUCAGCCUCAGCUGCACCUUCAACAGUGGCAAAUAUUUUUGCACCGCCCGCAGCACCUGCUGCAGCAGGAACAAUUGGUGGUGGGGCUACGACAACGGAUCGGCCAAUACGUCGCGCUACACGUCGACUGCAGAAAACUUAGUAAGCAGCUUUGACGUCUUAAUUGAUAAAUGAAUAAAUGUUAUCAUACUAUAGAUAAAAAUAACGAAUACUUCAUUAGAUUUAUUUAAAUAACUGAACAAUUAUAUAUUUUGCAAACAUUUGUUUUUAACAGUAUAUAAGUUAAAAAUAUAAGAGUCACAUAUUUUCGUUA